GUCAAUCGCCGACGGUGGUAGAGUGAGGUCGUACCUUUUGUCAAAGUUUUCGUAGAUCGCUUUUAUCUACGUACGUGAAAGAUAACUUUUGUGAAUUAAUUUGUUGAUCGAGAAUUUUGAAGAUGGCUGAGAAUAAUUCUAACAACCACAGUUACGAGAAUGGAAACGGUAAAUUGGCAACGGUUGACAAACUGCUGCAAUGCCGCCAGGAGAAGAUUAUCGACACCGGCAACAAGGUGUCUGUGGUUGGAGUCGGCCAGGUCGGCAUGGCGACCGUUUUCUCACUCCUCACACAGGGUGUGACAAACAAUGUCGUCAUGGUGGACGUGAAUGAGAACAAGUUGAAAGGGGAGAUGAUGGACUUGCAACAUGGUUCCGCCUUCUUGUUCAACGCCAACAUAAAGGCUGGCACAGAUUACUCGAUCACGGCGGGCUCGCAAAUCUGUGUAAUAACUGCGGGUGUGAGGCAGAAAGAGGGAGAGGACAGACGCAGCCUGGUGCAGAGGAACGUCGAAGUACUCAAAGGCAUCAUACCCGAAUUAUUGAAAUACAGUCCAAACACGAUCCUCCUGAUCGCUAGUAACCCAGUAGAUGUCCUGACGUACGUGUCAUGGAAGAUCAGUGGCCUGCCCAAGCACCGUGUCAUCGGGUCGGGAACAAACCUCGACUCUGCCAGGUUCCGCUACCUGCUGUCGCAGAAACUGAACAUUUCACCUACAUCCUGCCACGCGUACGUUAUUGGGGAGCACGGUGAUAGCAGCGUACCGGUAUGGUCAAGCGUGAACAUCGCAGGCGUGCGUCUCAGGGACCUGAACAAGAACAUUGGCCUGGACUCUGACUCAGAGAACUGGAAGGAGACACACGUCCAAGUGGUUCAGAGUGCUUACGAAGUCAUUAAGCUGAAGGGCUACACGUCCUGGGCCAUCGGACUGUCCCUCACUCAGCUGGUGAAAGCCAUCCUCACCAACGCAGCCACUGUGCAUGCUGUUACUACUUGUGUCCAGGGCGAGCACGGUAUCACAGAUGACGUAUUCCUUUCGCUGCCGUGUGUGAUUGGCCGCAAUGGUGUCCACGAUGUCGUCCGCCAACCCCUCACAGACUUGGAAAGAGAGCAAGUGUUCCAGUCAGCCACAGUCAUGGCAGAACUUCAGGCCAAAAUCAACUUUUAAACCAAUUGAACCAGUAGCCUCUACUAGGAUGUGUGAUAGGAAAAUAUUUGCAUUUACUAUUCGGUAAACGAAAUUUAUUUUAUCGAUAAAGGAUGACGCAAAAUAAUGUACUGGCUCUGUAAUGUUAAUGAUUUCUACUAUCUAUAAAAACCUAAUGUGAAAAUCUAUAUUUUCACUUAUGUAUCUAGUGUUAUUAAGUACGUGAACUAAUCGAUCAAUAUUGUUAUUGAUAUUUUAAUAAAAGUAUUAAAUUUAGGUACGAGUUGAAAAGUAACCUGCCGAUAAAAAAAUAUGACAGAACUUUCAAUCUUCUACCAAAUGCAUAGAACAUCUAAAACUGUCGUUUUUAACAUUUCAAAAAAGGUAUUUAUUACUCGUAAACAAUCGUUUUUACUACUUAAUAUUCCAAUAAAGUAACUUCAUGGUUGGUUUUCGGCCAGACAGUCGCCAUACCGCCAUAACUCUAUUAGAUGUUCAUUUGGUUUUUGGACAAUUCCUGAAAUUGGCGCCAAUGGCGACUUAAGUCUUGUCAGUCACAGAGAUUAAUCUACUUUCUUCUAGUGGCUAACCGUAAUUCGAAACUGUCUUGACUCGUCUCCUUAAACAUGUAUUUACUCUUAACUGCAUUUCAAAUUAUAAAUGUCGUGUUUGUGAUUGUGAUUAAAAAAUAUUAAAAAAAAAUACAUAGGUAGGUACUCGUAUUUAUGUUAAUAAUAGUAAAAAGUACUUAUAGAUAAAUUAUUUCGAUACAGAUUCACCUCAUUCAAGCCGAAGCAAUUACUUAGUUGGUGCUAGGUUAGUUUUUAAUGAAUCCAGUGAUAAUUACUUAAUUCAAACGUAUUUUUAGGAGUAUCUUUAGGUAUGGAAUUCUUUUGAAUUAGCAAAAUGAAAGUACAUUUAACAAUGGGAUCGUUUCUUUAAAACCACAUUUACGUUCGUCGUACAUUGCUCGUUAUGUUCUAUGACAUGUGUGUUGCGCGGUCAAUGACGUGGUCUACUGCUGCAAUGUAUGAUAAAAGAACGACUUCCGAGAAAAUGAGGCCUAAGAAUUCUCAUACCUACUCUAGUACAUAUUUUGGUCACAAUUUACAACAUAUUUUAAUAUAUAAUGUACACUCACUUAUAGAUUUGUGUCCAUGACGUAUAAGCAUAUAUACGGUUUUGUAACAUAAAAUUUUUGUAUGUCUUUAUCUAUAUUAAAUCCUUUAUUGGGCUGCGUCCAAGUGUAAUUCUUAUAAUUCUGUAAUUUUGUAAGAAAAUGAAGAAAAUUAUUUAAAUGUUUUUAUACUAGCUAAUAUUUAUUAUACCUACCCAUAAGUCGUACUUUUCUUUAAACCUACUAGAAUAAAAUAUUGAUAAAAAAUAAAUAAAUGUUGAUUAUU